CAAACAUCAGGAUUUUAUUAAUUUAAUGUCUAAAUAACCUUAAUCCCAACACACGAAAGCCAUAAACCCAUUAAAGCGGCGCCACUAAACAGACUGACCGUUGGCAAGCGAUUCAAACUUCAUUCCAUCUCAUCCACGCACCAUUAAAAUCGCUCUCUUCUUUUUCUCUCUCACCUUUAGAGUAUCAACGUCUUCUUUUCUGCCUCGAUGAAAAAAGUGUGUGAGGUUGAUUUUGAUUCUCUCAAAAACAAUCCGUGGGUUUUAGCUUAAACAAACACAUAUCUUGUUUUAUCAAGAGAUUUUGAAAUUGGGACGGUGGCUUUGAGUGGGAUUUGAAAAUUAGAAGAAUUGUAGGAAAAAAACAAAACUUUCUCGGAAAUCGAAACAGGGAAGAAAAAAAAAGCAAAAGUAAUGGAUUGAAUUUCUGGUUCAGCAUUAUAGGCAAAAAUUGAAAAGAGUUGGACUUCUCCAGUUCACACUGUAAUCUAAAAGGGACCGGGAUGAAAACGGAGAACUGGGUUUUUUGAAUCCUGCUGCAAAAUCAAGCCUUUUUGUCAUCAUUAUUUUUGCUUCAAUUUUUCGGUGUGACAAUGUCGAAUCCAAAUCCAGCUGUCGGCUCCAGAUUCCGCGGCAACAGUCUCGGGUUGCCGUCUGUAUCCCGGUACCGUGUGGCCCACAUGCCUUCUUCUUCAGGCAUAUUCGAAACCCUAUCCGAAUCUGACAUGGACACAUCAGAUUCGGAAGGUGACCGUUAUGGCACACGGUACUCUCCUGAGGCCUCACCACAGGACGAUAAAAUUCCCAACGGCGUGUCCAGACACAGUGCUGCGGGCCCAAAUGCAUACAGCAGUGAUGCCAGCAACAACCAAGGCACCUAUUUGGAAAGGCUUAGAGGAGGACAGGUGGCGCCUUCUGCUGCCCGCCGUGAUUAUGCCUAUGAUGAUGAUGAUGAUUCAGCUGAUUCUGUCACGAGCUCGGAAGUGAACUCCACACCACCCAGGGGUAAUAACGACAUUUUACCUGAGAGAAGGAACUACAAUCCUGAGGCUGAUUCGUCCAGUGCCAGCAGGGGGCAGCAAAUCAAAUUCUCCAAUGAUGAUAUUCCGAGUGCGCCUCCACUAGCUGGCUCUUUUCAGAAUUUGAGUGAAAUUUCUGGAAAAAGUGCUACUGAUGUUACCGCUCGCUUGACAAAGUCCGAAGGCUCUGCUGAUGGGAUUGAAGCUAACAAGUGCAGAAGCUCAAAGUCAGAAGUCGAAGCUUGUGAAAUGUCUGCUAGGAAGAAAGGUUCAUCUUCGAAUUCUUUGCCUGCUCGGUACCCUACGUUUCAUGCGAGUGGGCUUGGCUAUUGGUACUCUGUACUCUCAUACGACGCUUGUGUCCGCCUCUGUCUCCACUCCUGGGCCAAGGGUUGUAUGGAAGCUCCUCCAUUUUUGGAAAGCGAAUGUGCUCUACUGAGGGAAGCAUUUGGGUUGAAACAUGUGUUAUUGCAAUCAGAGGAGGAACUCAUGAAGAAGGAUUCUUCAGAUCUUGUUGGUGAAGGAGCUUAUGUGAAGAGUAAGAAAACCAUUGGGAAAAUUAAAGUUCAAGUUCGUAAAGUGAGAAUGGGUGUGGAGCCACCCACAGGUUGCUCAUUCACAUCAAUAAAAUCUUCAUCUAUGGUAAAGUUGGAAUCACUUCAGCUCCGGUUAUCAAAUAUGAAAUCUAUUGUUACUGCUGAGAGGAAGGCUUUACGGAGAGAUCGUAUAAUCCCCGUAAUGACUGUCAAUGGCUCUUUGUUACCGCAAAAGAUGGCAUACAUAAUUGUUGGGACUCGUAGAUACUUGAAAGAAGUACCUGAGCUUAUCAAGAUCGGCUUUAGUGCUUGGCGUAGCACUUCAGCAUCCUCUGAAGUUGUGCAAGAAUCAUAUUCCUGCUUGUUGAGAUUAAAGAGCUCACCUGAGGAGGAUGCAGCAAGAAUGCAGCCAGGAUCUGGCGAAUCUCGCUUAUUCUUGCCGGAUGGAUUUGGAGAUGAUCUUAUCAUCGAAGUUCAUGAUUCGAAAGGGAAGUAUUGUGGCCAAGCUUUAGUUCAGGUUGCUGAUAUUGCUGAUGAAUCGGGGGAGAAGCUUCGCCAUUGUCUUAUAUAUAGGGAACCCGAUCAUGAACAAAUUGGAAAAAUACAGUUGAGCAUAAGUUAUUCAACAACUCACGAUGAAAAUAAUUACAAGUGUGCAUCUGUUGCGGAGACCAUUGCAUACGAUUGUGUGUUAGAGACCGCAAUGAAAGUUCAAGAGUUUCAGCAAAGAAACUUAUUGCUACACGGCGCAUGGAAGUGGUUGGUCACUGAAUUUGCAUCUUAUUUUGGAGUUUCAGAUGCAUAUACAAAGCUGAGAUAUCUUUCGUAUGUGAUGGAUGUCGCCACACCAACUGCAGAUUGUCUCGAUUUGGUGCAUGAUUUAUUACAACCAGUGAUAAUCAAAGGCAAAAAUAAGCAGAGCUUAAGUCACCAGGAGGUCCGUCUACUGGGAGAGGUGUCUGAACAAAUUGAGCAGAUACUCACUUUAGUUUUCGAAAACUAUAAAUCGCUGGACGAGUCUGCCCCCUCAGGAAUUGUUGAUGUGUUUGGGCCUGCUACUGGGGAGGCUGCCCCUGCCCUUGCUCCUGCUUUGAAGCUUUACAAACUUCUGUAUGACAUUCUCUCACCUGAAGUGCAGCUCAAAUUGUGCAGAUAUUUUCAGAAUGCAACAAGGAAAAGGUCCCGAAGGCACCUGUCCGAAACUGACGAAUUCGUUUCGAACAAUAAUGAAAAUAUGUUGCUGGACCCAGUGGCCCUUUCUACAGCAUAUAAAAAAAUGAAGUCCCUCUGCCUCAAUAUACGAAAUGAGAUUUUGACUGACAUCGAGAUUCAUAAGCAGGAUCUUCUUCCUAGUUUUAUGGAUCUCCCGAACCUGUCAUCAUCUAUCUAUAGCACAGAACUAUACAGCAGAUUACGGGCUUUCCUCGUCUCAUGCCCUCCUGCAGGGCCAUCACCGCCAGUUGUAGAACUCGUGAUGGCCACUGCUGAUUUUCAGAGGGACCUCUCUUUGUGGGAUGUCAGUUACAUAAAAGGUGGGGUCGAUGCAAAAGAGCUGUUCCAUGUGUAUAUAACACUGUGGAUCCAAGAUAAGCGUCUCGGUUUAUUGGAGUUGUGUAAGCCUGACAGGGUCAAGUCUGCCGGUUUUGCCAGCCAGCACUCGACGACUCCUUUCAUUGAUGAUAUCUAUGACCGAUUGAAAGAGACUCUAUUGGAAUAUGAUGUCAUUAUCAGCCGUUGGCCUGAAUACACUUUCGCUUUGGAAAAUGCCAUAUCAGAUGUUGAGAAGGCUGUAGUGGAAAGCCUGGAGAAACAGUAUGCGGAAACUUUGUCUCCCCUGAAAGAAAGCACGAUGCCAAUGAAAUUCGGUCUCAAAUAUAUGCAGAAAUUCGCCAAGGGAAAUCCAUCUCCUUACAAUGUCUCCACUGAGUUGGGAAUCGUCUUGAAUUCCAUGAAAAGGAUGCUCGAUAUUUUGCGUCCCCAAAUAGAAUCGAAGUUGAAGCAGUGGGGCUAUAGCAUGCCUGAGACUGGGAAUAUGGUUCCUGGAGAAAGGUUGAGUGAAGUAACUGUGAUGAUAAGAUCCAAAUUCAGAGCUUAUGUGCAGGCAGUUAUCGAGAAACUUGUUGGAAAUACCAAACUACAUAAUAUUACAAAGUUAAAGAAGAUAAUCCAAGACGCGAAGGAUAAUGUGAUAGAAUCUGAGUUGAGACGUAGAAUGCAGCCUCUGAAGGAGCUGUUGGGCAGUACCAUUGACCAAUUGCAUGGUGUGUUUGAAAGUCAAGUCUUUCUAAUAGUCUGCCGUAGUUUCUGGGACCGCAUGGGACAGGACGUGCUGAAGUUUCUAGAAGAUAGGAAGGAAAACAGAUCUUUAUACAAGGCCUCACGGAUUGCAGUGACUGUUCUGGACGACACAUUUGCUUCACAAAUGCAACAGUUGCUAGGCAAUGCUCUGCAGGAGACAGAUUUAGAACCCCCGAGAUGCAUCAUGGAAGUUCGGUCUAUGCUUUGCAAAGACGUCACUAACAAGACCAACAAUUAUUACUAUUAGAUAAUUAUGACGAGUCUUUAGAAUAAUCGAUCACUGGUCGGAACAAAAAGCUCUGAAUCUGAUUGACCGCUUUUCCUUGUUGCAGCUCAAAAAGCAUGAAUCUGAGGGGGAACAAAGCAAAUUCUAGUGUUGAGAAACAAUUGGCAGCUGGUUUAGUGUUUUGCCUUUUGUUUGUAUGAAAUGUAAAUUUUGGCAGUGGUCAGAUGGUAGUAUUAUUAGUAGUGAGAGUUUCUUGGUGAAGUCUGAUAAUUGAGAUUUUUUGCUGUGAUGGUUUAUAAUUUAUAUAUAUAACUUUAAAUGCCCUUUGAUUUAUAA